AUGGGAAUCAGUCGAUCGGGAUCAACGGUUGUGGCCUACGUGAUGAAGGAGAAGGGCUGGAAGCUGGAUGAAGCCAUGGAGUUUGUCAAAAACAAACGACCCUGUGUGAACCCAAAUGCCAACUUCCUUCGUCAACUCGAGACCUACCAGGGCAUCCUGGAAGCUAGGUUAGUUCGUUCUCUCUCUCUUCGUCUUUUCUCAAAGCACUUCCACUUUGUGUCCAGUCUCCUUUUAGUAGAAGUUUCACUCACAGACAUUCCAAUAAUAACCACGCUAAAACUCAAGCGAAUUCUCUUUUCUCCUUCUUACCUUUUGACCACUGCUUUUACACCAGUAUUUAUUUAUUUAUACCAAAUGCCAGGCGUUUAA